AGUACUGAAGUUCAUUUUUUUUUCGUGUAAUUUUUAUUAUCGAGAUUGGAUUUUGUGACAAGGACAUUUUUUCAGGAUAAAGAAUCUGUGAUAAUAUUCGACAAAUUGCAAUAUCGUAAAAUAUAUUAUAAAGACAGACGGUCUUCGAAAGAGAUGGACGAGAGCGCAAAAAUGGGCAAGAAAAAAGUCAAACAGCACGAGCAGCAGCAAUUUUCGCGUCCGACAAGGUCGACCAGCAGAAAAAAACGUGAGCGAACAGAUUCUGAGACAUCCAAUGACACUGUUGAUAAGGAUCCUGCAUCGACAAUGCCUCGGGAAACAUCGUCCAGGAGAAAGAAGAAAGCUAAUUACGAUCCUGAGGAGGAGGCCAGGCUAGAGAGGUUGGUGUUUGGAGAUCCAAGUGAUAUAUUAAAGAAUUUGAAAGAUGAUUCAAAUGCUGAGCAAGAAACGAAAUCAGUGCAAGAAGAAGACGAUAAAGACACGCAUGUUCAGUCGGACGAUGAGUCUGUGAUCACUGUGGAUACUAAAGUAUCCACUAAGACACCUGUUUGGAAGGAUGAGGACGAUGAACAGUUGACCGUUGUGGAUGCCUUAAAGGAACAGCAUAGAAGGCUACCAGGUCAGAGGCCAGAAACUAAGUACAAAGAGCUUCUACAGAAUAAGCUUGCUCACAUAAUGGGUACACCGAAAUGGGCAAGACUUGAUAAGCAAGAUCAGGAUGAGUCUGACGAGUCAGAUCAUGAAAUUCUAAAACACAGCAGCCAUGUAGUACCGAAGAAAAGCAAAGUUUUAUCAAAGGGAACUAUCGACUUGAAGGUGAUGGCAGACAUAAAUAAACAGACACAUAUCGAGGGACCUUUUAUCAAUGUAGUGCAAUUUCAUGAGACAUCUACAGUUGCAAUGGUUGCUGGAUCUUCUGGAAUUCUAUCUUUGUUUGAGGUCGAUGGACGUGAGAAUAAUAAAUUACACACAAUACAGUUUGAAAGAUUUCCAAUACAUUCUGCUAGAUUUUUGAGAGAAGGUAAUGAAAUUGUUGUUGGCUCGAUGAGCUAUGCACACUGUCACUCUUAUGAUUUGAUUACUGGCAAAACAUUACGUGUACCUUUACCAGAUGGAAUUACGAAUAUGAAGAAAUGUGAAGUAUCUCCUGAUGGUAAAGUAAUAGCCAUUUGUGGUAGACUUGGAGAAGUACAUCUACUGUAUAGUAGAACAAAAGAACUUAUAGGUACUUUGAAAAUGAAUAAAAAGUGCAGGUCUCUUGCUUUUACACCUGACAGUACAAAAUUAAUCACGCAUGGAGAAAGCAGCGAGGUGUACGUAUGGGACGUACAAUCCCGUCAAUGUGUAAACCGAGCAUUUGAUGACGGUUGUCUAUCAGCAUGUGCCGUAGCCAUAUCACCAAAUGGACAGUUCAUUGCGACCGGCAGUAAACAAGGUGCAGUCAACAUAUACGAGUCGAAAUCAAUUUUUAACGAACAGACACCUCAACCAGUCAAGACAGUGCUGAAUCUCGUCACAGCGAUUACAAGGUUGAAGUUCAAUCCCACCACGGAAAUUCUGGCGAUGGCAUCGGAUAGGAAAGCAAAUGCGUUCAGGAUCGUUCAUUUACCGUCGUUCAACGUUUUCGCUAACUUUCCCACAUUCAAAACUAAAAUGUUUAAUCCUCUCGACAUUGACUUUUCACCUGCUAGUGGUUAUAUGAGUGUGUCGAAUAAUAAAGGGUCCGCGUAUUUGUACAGGUUGAAACAUUAUGGAAAUUAUUAGGUUCUUUUUUAUUAUUUUUUUUUACUUGUUCGGAAAAAUUUUUUAGUUUUAUUUUUACUUCCAUCAAUGAAAUUUCUUUCUCUUA